GCACUGCUUGGGGAGAGCUGGAACCUGAGAGGUCCUUCCCAUUGGAAGGGCAGGGGGAGGAGACCCAGCCCACUCCCCGGCCCUAGCCGGAAAGGCAAGAGAGCAAAGCCAGCGUCUCCAGCUUGGUUGCCACACUGGGGAGACUGGUGGGUGGUCACCCCACCCUACCCCCAUCCAUGGAAACCCGGAGGGAGAGUCCCACUUGGAGAAACCUGGAUCUUUGCUAGAAAGAGAGAGAUCCAGUUGUCAUCAGUAUCCAGGAAGCUCUCCUCUUCCUCCUCCUGAUGCCUCUCUACCACUACAGUUGCUGGUUGUUGCUAAGGUUGCUGCCAUGGUAACAUGCACAUCCUGUUUACACUUUCAUCUGGGCAAGUUGGUCUAAGCUAGGAACCUACCUAUCCUGGACAACCACUAUCAUCACCACCUGGGGACACCAAUCAACGUGACACGGAGUCCACCUUCCACUCAGUUCCCCCAUCUUCUUCCUCCUCUCGCUGCCAGAUUUCAUACAGAAGAAAGGAUCUAGACUUCGGACAGCUACUCGGGAGCUUAUUACACAAGAUACAUUCGAUCUGUUCCCUCACUGGGCCCCCAGAGAAGCAAGAAGUAGGAAGAAGUUGAGACAGGAAGGCAGGAGACACUGGUCAGUUGAAGGGAAACACUACAUCUUCUCUGGUUGAGGGGCUUGGUAACAACAGGCAAAAUGACGAACCCAUCAGACCGUGUCUUGCCUGCCAACUCGAUGGCCGAGAGCCGUGAAGGGGACUUUGGCUGCACAGUAAUGGAACUGAGGAAGCUCAUGGAGCUGCGUUCGAGGGAUGCUCUGACCCAGAUUAACGUCCACUAUGGAGGUGUACAGAAUCUCUGCAGUAGACUGAAAACCUCCCCUGUGGAAGGUCUAUCUGGGAACCCUGCAGAUCUGGAGAAACGUAGGCAGGUGUUCGGACACAACGUGAUCCCCCCCAAAAAGCCCAAAACCUUCUUAGAAUUAGUGUGGGAAGCCCUUCAAGAUGUCACACUCAUCAUCCUGGAGAUUGCAGCCAUCAUCUCCCUGGUCCUGUCCUUUUAUCGCCCUGCUGGUGAAGAAAAUGAACUGUGUGGUCAAGUUGCAAGUACCCCAGAAGAUGAAAGUGAGGCACAAGCUGGCUGGAUUGAGGGGGCAGCCAUCCUUUUCUCAGUGAUCAUCGUGGUGUUAGUGACUGCCUUUAAUGAUUGGAGCAAAGAGAAGCAAUUCCGGGGGCUGCAGAACCGCAUUGAACAGGAGCAAAAGUUCUCCAUCAUCCGAAAUGGUCAACUCAUCCAGCUCCCUGUGGCUGAGAUUGUGGUCGGUGAUAUUGCCCAAGUCAAAUACGGUGAUCUGCUGCCUGCAGAUGGGAUCCUGAUCCAAGGGAAUGAUCUGAAGAUUGAUGAGAGCUCUCUGACAGGGGAAUCCGAUCAUGUCAAGAAGUCCCUGGACAAAGACCCCAUGUUGCUCUCAGGGACCCAUGUCAUGGAAGGUUCUGGCCGGAUGGUGGUGACGGCUGUUGGUGUCAACUCUCAGACUGGAAUCAUCCUUACUCUCUUGGGGGUCAAUGAGGAUGACGAAGGGGAGAAGAAGAAGAAAGGUAAAAAGCAAGGAGUCCCUGAAAAUCGCAACAAAGCAAAGACCCAAGACGGAGUGGCCCUGGAAAUCCAGCCACUCAAUAGCCAGGAGGGAAUCGACAAUGAGGAAAAAGACAAGAAGGCAGUCAAGGUGCCUAAAAAGGAGAAGUCAGUGCUGCAGGGCAAGCUGACUCGCCUGGCUGUUCAGAUUGGGAAAGCUGGUCUGCUCAUGUCUGCUCUCACAGUUUUCAUCCUGAUUCUAUACUUCGUGAUUGACAACUUUGUGAUAAAUCGCAGACCAUGGCUCCCUGAGUGUACUCCCAUCUACAUCCAGUACUUUGUCAAGUUCUUCAUCAUCGGCGUCACUGUACUGGUGGUGGCUGUGCCAGAGGGGCUGCCUCUGGCUGUCACCAUCUCACUGGCCUACUCUGUGAAGAAAAUGAUGAAAGACAAUAACCUGGUGCGGCACUUGGAUGCUUGUGAGACCAUGGGCAAUGCCACCGCCAUCUGCUCUGAUAAGACGGGCACGUUGACCAUGAACCGAAUGACUGUGGUACAAGCUUAUAUUGGGGGCAUCCAUUACCGUCAAAUCCCAAGCCCUGAUGUCUUCCUGCCCAAAGUCCUGGACCUCAUUGUCAAUGGCAUUUCUAUCAACAGUGCUUAUACCUCCAAGAUUCUGCCUCCAGAGAAGGAGGGAGGCCUGCCUCGGCAGGUGGGAAACAAGACCGAGUGUGCCCUGCUAGGCUUUGUCACAGAUCUGAAGCAGGAUUACCAGGCUGUGCGUAAUGAAGUGCCCGAGGAGAAGCUCUACAAGGUGUAUACCUUCAACUCAGUGCGCAAGUCAAUGAGCACCGUCAUCAGGAAUCCCAGCGGUGGCUUCCGUAUGUACAGCAAGGGCGCCUCUGAGAUCAUCUUGCGCAAGUGUAAUCGAAUCCUGGACCAGAAAGGGGAAGCAGUGCCAUUCAGGAAUAAAGACAGAGAUGAUAUGAUACGCACUGUUAUCGAGCCCAUGGCCUGUGAUGGACUCCGGACUAUCUGCAUAGCUUACCGGGAUUUCAAUGACGCAGAGCCCUCUUGGGACAAUGAGAAUGAGAUCCUCACUGAACUGACCUGUAUCGCAGUGGUGGGCAUUGAGGACCCUGUGCGCCCAGAGGUGCCAGAUGCUAUUGCCAAAUGCAAACAAGCUGGCAUUACUGUCAGAAUGGUGACAGGUGACAACAUCAACACAGCCCGGGCCAUUGCCACCAAAUGUGGCAUUCUGACACCUGGGGAUGACUUCCUGUGCUUAGAAGGCAAAGAAUUCAACCGGCUCAUCCGCAACGAGAAAGGCGAGGUAGAGCAAGAAAAGCUGGACAAGAUCUGGCCUAAGCUUCGGGUCCUGGCGCGAUCUUCUCCCACUGACAAGCACACCCUGGUGAAAGGCAUCAUUGACAGCACUGUUGGGGAACAGCGGCAGGUUGUGGCUGUCACUGGUGAUGGCACAAAUGACGGACCUGCUCUGAAGAAAGCGGAUGUUGGUUUUGCCAUGGGCAUCGCAGGCACAGAUGUAGCAAAGGAGGCUUCAGACAUCAUCCUAACAGAUGACAACUUCACCAGCAUUGUGAAGGCAGUGAUGUGGGGACGAAACGUCUAUGACAGCAUCUCCAAGUUCCUGCAGUUCCAACUCACUGUCAACGUGGUGGCCGUGAUUGUAGCCUUUACUGGAGCCUGUAUCACUCAGGAUUCCCCACUGAAAGCUGUGCAGAUGUUAUGGGUUAAUCUAAUCAUGGACACUUUUGCUUCAUUGGCCCUGGCCACAGAGCCCCCUACGGAAUCUCUGUUGAAGCGGCGCCCCUAUGGCCGAAAUAAGCCUCUGAUCUCACGCACUAUGAUGAAGAACAUCUUGGGCCAUGCGUUCUAUCAGCUCCUUGUCAUCUUUAUCCUUGUCUUUGCGGGUGAGAAAUUCUUUGAUAUUGAUAGUGGGAGGAAGGCACCUCUACAUUCACCACCCACCCAGCACUAUACCAUUGUUUUUAACACCUUCGUGCUGAUGCAGCUCUUCAAUGAAAUCAACUCCCGAAAGAUCCAUGGAGAGAAGAACGUCUUUUCAGGCAUCUACCGCAACAUCAUCUUCUGCUCUGUAGUCUUGGGCACAUUCAUCUGCCAGAUUUUCAUCGUGGAAUUUGGGGGUAAACCCUUCAGUUGUACAAGCCUCAGCCUGUCCCAGUGGUUGUGGUGUCUCUUCAUUGGGAUUGGAGAACUUCUGUGGGGCCAGUUCAUCUCCGCAAUACCUACCCGAUCCCUGAAGUUCCUGAAGGAGGCUGGGCAUGGCACCACCAAAGAGGAGAUCACCAAGGAUGCUGAGGGGCUGGAUGAGAUUGACCAUGCUGAGAUGGAGCUGCGCCGAGGCCAGAUCCUCUGGUUCCGGGGCCUGAACCGUAUCCAGACUCAGAUCGACGUAAUUAACACAUUCCAGACGGGAGCCUCUUUUAAGGGAGUCCUAAGGCGACAGAACAUGGGUCAACACCUUGAUGUAAAACUUGUUCCUAGUUCAUCCUAUAUCAAAGUGGUCAAAGCGUUCCAUAGUUCCCUCCACGAAACUAUUCAGAAACCCUACAACCAAAACUCCAUCCACAACUUCAUGACCCACCCUGAAUUCGCCAUAGAUGAGGAGUUGCCGCGAACACCACUCCUGGAUGAGGAAGAGGAGGAAAAUCCUGACAAGGCUUCUAAGUUUGGGACUGGGGUGCUCCUGUUGGAUGGUGAGGUCACUCCAUACGCCAAUACAAACAACAAUGCGGUGGACUGCAACCAAGCGCAGCUCCCACAGUCGGACAGCUCUCUACAGAGCCUAGAGACAUCGGUUUGAAUUUUCUUUCUCUGACUCUCAUCCCUGUUUUCCCUAUUUCCAUUUUCGCCUGUCGCAUCUAUGAGGUGAUGAUGGGACUUUUCAUCGUCAUGUCAACUGCUGUGUAAACAGCAGUGUGUGUGAACCCCCACCUGACCACGAAGAGGCAAGAGCACAGACUUACAAGGAUUUCAACUUAAGUUUGACUUGGGGUUUGCAGCGGGGCCCAGUCAAAUCCCAGGCAGGUCAUGGUAGAAUUUACUCCUUGAUAGUCACUUGUCAUUUUUAAAGAAAUGAUGAUAAUCCUCUUGGCAUCACCCCACCCCAC